AUGGUCACACGAGUAGCCCAAAAGAAUAAAUCAACCAAUAAUUCCUCCUCAGCAGCAGCUCUGGUAACAUCAACCAGUUCGGAAUUACAAAUCCUUAAUGAUUAUAAUAAUGAUGAAUCGACCACAUCGCCCGUAACCCCAAUAACAACACUCACACCCAUCACUGAUUUAUCAAAUAAUAAUGUUGUUGCAUAUAAUAAUAAUAGUAGUAGUAAUAAUAUUACUGGUACCAACGGUAGUAGCAGCAAUAAUUUAUCAAAGGCUGCUGUUGUGUCGACGAACACACCAUCAUCACCUAUGAAAAAGUCCUUAACGACCAAGGAAUCACUUAGAAAGAAUACAAAGACAACAAAUAAGAAGGAAGUUAAAAAGCAAAAGAGCAAUGCCACAAGAAAGGCAAGCAAUAGUAAAUUGAUAGUGCCCGUUGCAAGUGCAGAAGAUGAGAAAAAGCUUAAAGAAGUACUAGCCGAAGAUGAAGAUCUCACACUGGAGAAGGGGAAAAAAGUGGAGAAGGAGAAAAAUUAUUUGAAUUCUCUGGUAUCUAGAAUAUUCUCCAUUAAGUUUUGUCUUUCUGUGAUUAUCAUUCUAUUGAUCCUUAUUUCGACUAUUUCCAUAUUCGUUGCUACUAUUGUUUUACAAGGUGCAUCUAUUAAUGAAUUCACUACCAAUCUGGGAUCACAAACAAAGCUGAGAACAGUUGAAUUCGUGAAUAACUUUAUUCAACUACCGUUCCAAAUUACUGAUAGUGUAACGAACAGUUUUACUGCACUUGACAAGUUGAGCCCCAAAAUGGUUGAUUGGAAUCUAAGAAUUCAAGUUCUCUACUCUAUGGUCAUGGGUUUUGGACUUCGUUAUGCCUCAUUCACUCACAAAGAUGACUACUAUUUUGGUAUAUUGAGUAAUACGACAGCAUGUACAAUAGAGUACUAUCAGAAUGGUGUUCUUUAUGCUGAAGAACCAAUUUUUAGUGAUUUUAGGUAUAAUUUGAGCAGAAAAGAACCUCAAUCAUUGGAUGCUGAAAUUGUGUACGGUUUCGAAUGGUGGACUUUCCCCUUAGAAAGAAAAAAGAAAGGAUGGACAAGUUUGUAUGCAACAAGUAAUGUAGAAAGUGUUUGGAUUACAGCAUACCAUCCAAUUCUGAAUGCUACAGGAGAUGUUCAAUAUGUGGUAACGACAGAUCUGCUUGUCAAAGAUAUUAAUGCCUAUUUGGCAAGUGUCAAAAUGAGUCCCAACUCAAUGGUGUAUGUGGUUUCUUCUCUAACCAGUGAAAUGAUUGCUUGCUCCAAACCAAACGAAGAAAUUUUAUAUGUUUAUGAUCAAAUUGUUCCUCAUAAACUGGUGCGAAAGAAACUUCAUGAAAGCUCACUGCCGGAUGUGCAGGAAAUUGGUAAAUUACUUAUGACCAAGUAUGGGGGUAAUCUGCAAGAUUUCACAGGCCAUGACAAUCAAUACACAGUGAAUGGUAACAGUUACUUGUUGAAUAUGGAAUCCGUAGACGAUGAACAUGACCUUAAUUGGAAGGUCUUAACAAUCAUGUCAGUCGACGAUUUUAUGGGUUCUGUUAUUUGGUUUAGAAAUAUCGUCUUGAUUGCUGACUGUAUCAUUUUGUUUGUUUCCUUAGUUAUUGCUGUCGUUGUGAGUAUGUUAAUUACAGCCCCUCUUGUUUCGCUCGGAAAUGAUAUGGACGCUCUUGGUAAAGGUCAAGUUCAAGCAAAGAAGAAGCGUCUAAUUCUCUUCCACGAAGUUAAGAAAUUGAGAAACCACUUUACUAAAAUGUCUUUGGCUGUCGAUGGUUUCAUGAAAUACGUACCAAAAGAAAUUGUCUCCAAAUUUAUUGGCAGUGAUUCAGCAUCGUUUGAUUUGGGUGUUGAUUCCAAACAUAUUGCCAUUCUAUUUUCAGAUAUUAAGAGUUUUACGACUAUUUGUGAAGCAACAGAGCCCAACACAUUGAUUGCCAUCUUGGGUAAAUACUUUGAAGUUACCUCUGAAGUUGUAUAUAGAAAUAGAGGUGUUUUGGAUAAGUAUAUUGGCGACUCUUUGAUGGCCUUGUUUGGUGCUCCAGAUACAUUUGAUUUUUAUGUCUUUUUCGGUUGCAAUGCUGCAUUCGAAAUGCAAAAAUCCCUCCAGCCUUAUAAUAGACAAUUAGAAAAGGAAGGCAAGCCAGGUCUCUACACUAGAGUGGGUGUUAGUUGUGGUGAUGUCCUUGUCGGUAAUAUUGGUUCAACAUAUCGUUUAUCUUAUACUUGUUUGGGAGACUCUGUAAAUCUUGCUUCUAGAUUGGAAGGUUUGAAUAAGGUGUAUGGAACUAACAUUAUGGUGUCAGAGUUUUGUUAUGAAAUUGUCAAAGACUUGUUCCUUUUCAGAAUGUUAGAUGUGGUCGCUGUCAAGGGUAAAGUAACUGGUGUUAGAGUUUAUGAAAUUGUUGCUAGAAAAUGGUCACCAUUCCAAGGAGAUUCGGUUAUGAUUCCACAAGAUAAGGUUGAUUAUUGCAGAUUGUACAAUAACAUUCUGGAAGACUUGUACCUGAAGAAAAAGUUUGGUGUUGCAGAGAAGGCAUUCAGAGAGUAUGCUGACAAGUAUAAUCAAGAUUCAGCAGCUCUUGAAAUGGCAGAGAGAUGCAGAGCUUAUUUGCUUGAACCACCUCCAGAUUCUUGGAAUGGUGUAUAUAUUGCUACAGAAAAGUAG